AUGUCAUCAAUACCACCACCUCCACCGCCUGGAUGGAGCUCUUCGGCGCCUCCAUCAAUGCCUCUGGGCGCGCCACCCGGUGCUCCUCCUCCUCCAGGUUAUCGACCACCAGCGGAUCCACAUGUUGCGAAGUUUGCGCAGAAGAAGAAGGACUGGUUACGAUCUCAGCGAAAUCGAUUCGGCGAAAAACGAAAAGGUGGCUUCGUAGAAACUCAGAAGGCUGACAUGCCCCCAGAGCAUCUGCGAAAGAUCGUUAAGGACAUUGGAGAUGUAUCACAAAAGAAAUUCAGCAGCGACAAACGAAGUUAUCUCGGUGCACUCAAGUUUAUGCCACAUGCCGUCAUGAAAUUGUUGGAGAACAUGCCAAUGCCUUGGGAGUCUGCGAGGGAGGUAAAGGUGCUGUACCAUGUCAAUGGUUGCCUGACUUUGGUUAAUGAGAUUCCACGAGUUAUAGAACCAGUGUUCCACGCACAAUGGGCUACGAUGUGGAUUUGUAUGAGAAGAGAGAAGAGUGACAGAAGACAUUUCAAGAGGAUGAGAUUCCCGCCAUUCGACGACGAAGAGCCGCCCCUAUCAUGGUCGGAGAACAUUGAAGACGUCGAGCCAUUGGAGCCAAUUCAACUGGAACUUGAUGAGGGGGAAGACGGCGCUGUUUUUGAAUGGUUUUACGAGAAUCGACCACUUCUUGAUACUCCACAUAUCAACGGCCCGAGUUACAAGGAAUGGAACCUUACGUUACCUCAAAUGGCAACUUUAUAUCGAUUGAGUCGGCCAUUAUUAAGUGAUUUGGUUGACAAGAACUACUUUCACAUGUUCGAGCUGAAAAGCUUCCAGACCGCCAAAGCUUUGAAUGUUGCGAUUCCUGGUGGUCCUCGAUUCGAACCUUUAUAUAAAGAUGUGGAUCCUAAUGAUGAAGAUUUUGGAGAGUUCAAUGCUAUUGAUCGCAUCAUCUUCCGAGCUCCAAUUAGGACAGAAUAUCGUGUAGCAUAUCCCUACCUUUAUAAUUCACUGCCUCGCAGCGUUAAGCUUUCCUGGUUCUCGCAUCCGCAAGUGGUAUACGUUCGUGCCGAGGAUCCAAGUUUACCAGCAUUUUAUUUCGAUCCCGUCAUCAACCCAAUCUCUUCAAGAUCCGUCGCCCCUAAAAAUAUCACUAUCAGUCACGAAGACGAGAUAUUCGGACCCGGAAAUAAUGAAGAGCCAGAAGAAGACGCUUUCAGAUUACCAGGUGGUGCCGAGCCAUUUCUAGCAGAUGAGGAGUUGUACACAAGCGAGACCGCUUCAGCAAUCUCUUUGUGGUGGGCACCAUUUCCGUUUAAUCGAAGAUCUGGUCGCAUGGUUCGGGCACAAGACGUACCUCUAGUAAAACAAUGGUACCUUGAGCAUUGCCCUCAGGGUCAACCAGUAAAGGUCCGAGUUUCAUAUCAGAAGCUUCUGAAGACUUAUGUCUUGAACGAGCUGCAUAAGCGCAAGCCGAAAGCACAGAGUAAACAGAGCUUGAUGAAGUCGUUGAAGCAAACGAAAUUCUUCCAGCAAACAACAAUUGAUUGGGUUGAAGCUGGACUUCAAGUCUGCAGGCAGGGUUUCAAUAUGCUAAAUCUUCUGAUUCACCGCAAGAACCUCACAUACCUACAUCUUGAUUAUAAUUUCAAUUUAAAGCCUGUUAAGACAUUGACAACAAAGGAGAGAAAGAAGUCUCGAUUCGGCAAUGCAUUCCAUCUCAUGCGAGAGAUCUUGAAGAUGACCAAGCUCAUCGUUGACGCACAAGUUCAGUAUCGCCUCGGCAAUAUCGAUGCUUUUCAACUCGCGGAUGGUAUUCUAUAUGCUUUCAAUCAUGUUGGUCAGCUGACUGGAAUGUAUCGUUACAAGUACAAGCUGAUGCAUCAGAUUCGCUCAUGUAAAGAUCUGAAGCAUUUAAUAUAUUAUCGAUUCAAUUCUGGACCCGUAGGUAAAGGACCUGGUUGUGGUUUCUGGGCACCUGCUUGGAGAGUUUGGCUCUUUUUCAUGCGUGGUAUAAUUCCAUUACUUGAAAGAUGGCUUGGAAACCUCCUCUCUAGGCAGUUUGAAGGACGUCAUAGCAAAGGUGUUGCAAAGACAGUCACGAAACAACGUGUUGAGUCGCACUUUGAUCUUGAGUUGCGAGCAUCGGUCAUGGCCGAUCUUCUUGAUAUGAUGCCGGAGGGUAUCAAGCAAAACAAGGUUCAAACGGUACUUCAACAUCUUUCAGAGGCAUGGAGAUGCUGGAAGAGUAAUAUCCCUUGGAAGGUUCCAGGUUUACCGGCACCCAUCGAGAAUAUCAUUCUUCGUUAUGUGAAGAGCAAGGCAGAUUGGUGGAUUUCUGUCGCUCACUACAAUCGUGAGCGUAUCCGUAGAGGAGCGACUGUGGACAAAACCGUUGCAAAGAAGAAUCUUGGUCGUCUUACAAGACUUUGGCUCAAGGCUGAACAAGAGAGGCAGCAUAACUAUAUGAAAGACGGUCCAUACGUGUCAUCCGAAGAAGCUGUCGCCAUCUAUACAACCACUGUCCAUUGGCUGGAGUCACGAAAAUUCUCACCAAUUCCAUUCCCCAGUGUUUCCUACAAGCACGAUACCAAAAUCCUCAUUCUUGCUUUGGAACGUCUUCGUGAAGCAUAUUCUGUGAAGGGACGAUUGAACCAAAGUCAGCGUGAGGAACUGGCCUUGAUUGAGCAGGCUUAUGACAGUCCUGGAACCACUUUGGAGAGAAUCAAGCGCUUCCUACUGACACAGAGAGCUUUUAAAGAAGUAGGAAUCGAUAUGAACGACAAUUAUAGCACAAUCAACCCUGUAUAUGAUAUCGAGCCUGUGGAAAAGAUUAGUGAUGCCUAUCUUGACCAAUACCUCUGGUAUCAAGCUGACCAGCGCCACCUUUUCCCUGCCUGGAUCAAGCCUUCCGAUUCCGAGGUCCCGCCCUUACUGACCUAUAAAUGGGCUCAAGGUAUUAAUAACCUCGACAAAGUAUGGGAGACCGCAGAUGGAGAGUGUAAUGUUAUGAUUGAAACACAAUUAUCCAAGGUAUACGAGAAGAUCGAUUUAACUCUUCUUAAUCGUUUGCUUCGACUUAUCAUGGACCACAAUCUGGCUGAUUACAUAUCGUCCAAAAAUAACGUUCAAUUGACCUACAAAGAUAUGAAUCACGUCAACAGUUACGGAAUGAUCAGAGGUCUUCAAUUCUCGGCCUUCGUUUUCCAGUACUAUGGACUUGUUCUCGACCUCUUGCUUCUGGGCCUCCAACGCGCUAGUGAAAUUGCUGGACCACCAGCAGGUCCUAACGAUUUCCUCCAAUUCCGCGAUCGGGAGACGGAAACAAGACAUCCAAUCCGUCUAUACACAAGAUAUAUUGAUCGUAUCUGGGUAUUUUUCCGCUUUACGGCCGAUGAAUCGCGCGAUCUUAUCCAGCGCUUCCUUACAGAACAACCUGAUCCUAAUUUUGAAAAUGUCAUCGGCUACAAAAACAAGAAAUGCUGGCCAAGAGAUUCUAGAAUGCGUCUCAUGAGACACGACGUCAAUCUUGGCCGUGCUGUUUUCUGGGACUUGAAGAACCGCUUACCAAGAUCUGUUACCACGAUCGAAUGGGAUGAUACCUUUUCAAGCGUAUACAGCCGAGACAACCCGAAUUUACUUUUCUCCAUGUGCGGUUUCGAAGUACGAAUUCUCCCUAAAAUUCGUAACCAGAAUGACGAAUUUCCUGUUAAGGACAGCGUAUGGUCCUUGGUCGAUAACACCAGCAAGGAGAGAACGGCACAUGCAUUCUUGCAGGUCACAGAGGAAGAUAUCGCGAAAUUCAAUAAUCGCAUUCGUCAAAUUUUGAUGUCAUCUGGGUCAACCACAUUCACAAAGAUUGCUAAUAAAUGGAAUACAACCUUGAUCGCCCUCUUCACAUAUUAUCGUGAAGCAGCUGUAUCAACGGUCAACUUGCUGGAUACCAUUGUGAAAUGUGAGACGAAGAUUCAGACCAGAGUUAAGAUUGGUCUUAAUUCUAAGAUGCCUUCUCGUUUCCCUCCUGCUGUUUUCUAUACACCAAAGGAACUUGGUGGUCUUGGUAUGAUUUCCGGAUCACAUAUCCUCAUUCCUACGAGUGACAAAAGAUGGUCCAAGCAGACAGACGUUGGUGUUACCCAUUAUCGUGCAGGAAUGAGCCAUGAUGAGGACACUCUUAUCCCUAACAUUUUCAGAUACAUCAUACCAUGGGAAGCUGAAUUUAUCGACUCCCAGCGUGUGUGGACUGAAUAUUCUCAGAAACGUCAGGAGGCGAAUCAGCAAAAUCGAAGGUUGACACUUGAGGAUCUUGAAGAUAGUUGGGAUCGUGGAUUACCUCGUAUCAAUACACUUUUCCAGAAAGAUAGAAGCACCUUGAGUUUUGAUAAAGGAUUCCGCGCACGUACUGAGUUCAAGACAUACCAACUUAUGAAGAGUAAUCCAUUUUGGUGGACUAGUCAACGUCACGAUGGUAAAUUGUGGAACCUUAAUGCCUAUCGUACCGAUGUUAUCCAAGCACUUGGUGGUGUUGAAACCAUUCUUGAACAUACACUCUUCAAGGCGACAGCAUUUCCAUCCUGGGAAGGUCUCUUUUGGGAAAAAGCAAGUGGAUUUGAAGAGCGAGUAGACCCUUGCCCCCAAGUUUGA